GAGGGGGGAAGACAAACGAUCUCUGUAGAAUGGCUACCAAGAGAGGGGAGCGAUCGAAGAAGAUCCAUUAAGACGGUGCAGAGUGUAUGGUGUGAUAGAGGACACGAUAGGAAUGAGGCCUAACCCCAUCUUCAAGCUCUUCUGGCUCUACAUGACCCCUCUGGUUUCCCUGGUGUCGCUCAUCUGCUCUCUGGUGGAGUACCAGCCCCUGACCUUCAACUGCUGGUAUGUGUACCCAGGAUGGGUGCAUGUUCUGGGCUGGCUGUUGGCCRWCUCCUCCAUCGUCCUGGUCCCCGGGUGGGCCCUGCUGCAGAUCUGCACCGGGACAGGCAGUCAUAGAGAGCGUUAUCUCCACCCGUGUCGGCCGAAACAUGACCUCCCGUUGACCCGGGAAUAGAAAGACUAAGCCGGAGCACAUGACCUCUGGAGCAGAGAUGGAGGUACUCAUGACCGCAGCAGGGGAACCCACGGACAAAUGAACUGACACACACCUAGAAAAGCUUCUGCGUCAAAGUUCUUUGUAUACUGAUCAUGUAUCUUAACACAACAUCUAGCUGCACUCUUGUAUC